AUGACCCUGCGGCGGCUGCGGCGGCUCCGGCCCAAGGACGAGGAUGCGGCGGCGGCUCCGGAGCGGCCCGGAACCGCCCCCGCCGAGGUUUAUCGGGUCCUGGCGGCUGCCGGCGGGACCCUGCCCCGGGUGCGCAAGGACGUGGGGUUCAGCUGGCCGUCCCCAAGCCAGUCCCCGGAGGAGCACAGGAGAGUGGUGACACUGGAGAAGAAGGCAGAGGAGACCUUUGGCUUCGAGAUCCAGACCUAUGGGCUGCACCACCAGGAGAGGAACAGUGUGGAGAUGUUCACCUUCGUGUGCCGGGUGCACGGGGGGAGCCCGGCCGAGGCAGCAGGACUCAAAGCUGGGGACACGAUCACGGGGGUGAACGGGCUCAACGUGGAAGGCGUCCGGCACCGUGAGAUCGUGGAGAUCAUCAAGAGCUCAGGGAAUCUGCUGCGCCUUGACACUCUCUAUGGGACAUCCAUCCGGAGGGCUGAGCUGGAGGCCCGGCUGCAGUACCUGAAGCAAACCCUCUAUGAGAAGUGGGGGGAGUUCCGCUCACUGAUGGUGCAGGAGCAGCGGCUGGUGCGGGGUGUGGUGGCCAAGGACCCCAGUAUCUACGACACGUUGGAGUCGAUCCGCUGGUGCCUGCAGGGGGAGGGGGGGCUCCCGGGGGGCUCCCCCCGGGCCAGCGCUUGCGGCAGCGACGAUUCCCUCUACCAGACCUGCCUCUUCGCCGACCCCCCCGACGGGGACAAGGACGGGGACAAGGACAAAGUGGGGGACAGCAGUGGUCCCACGCCCCCUCCACCGCGCCCCCGGCCCCCCUUAACCCGCAGCGCCAGCCUCAAGUGCGGGGGGUGGGUCCCGGGGGCGGGGGGGCGGCUGUGGGCGAGGGCGGGGGAGCCGGGGGAGGGGGCUGCCCCCCCCCACCGUCGGGGGCGGCACAGCAGCUUUCGCCGACGCCUCCUCAAAUUCAUCCCGGGGCUGAACCGGGCGCUGGAGGAGGAGGAGAGUCACCUCUGAGGGGGGCACCCACCGCCCCCCCGACAUAUUUAUUUAUUUAUUGCAAGGGCCCCCACGCCCCCCUCCUCCCAUCUCGCCGGGGGCCGCUGGAAGGAGCCCCCGGGGGUCCCCGGCUUGGCCUGGGGGGGGGGGUCGGACGCGGGGACCCUCCCCCAGGCAGCUGGCGAAGCCACCGCUCAUCUCAGGAAUGGAGAGGGGGGAGUCCGGCCCUGUGUGUCCCACCCCCAGCUUGGGGGGGUCCCGGGGGUUCUGUUGCCCCCGGGGGGGAUUUUGUACCGAUACAAUACAGAGACUUUUUGCA